GAGACGGAGCGCAGGCUUUCAGAGCUCUCAGCGGGUGUGGAUGUAGAAGAGCGAGUGCUGGGUUUCAUUGUGUUUGUCGUUUGGGACAGAGACGCUCGUGUCCCCCUCUUCCUCUUCCUUGACCUCCUCCACAUCCAAUCUGUCUAUCCUUAUCCUCCAUCUCCACUGGUUAAGGGAGGCACACGGGAGGAGACACCACGCUGCCAGCUAGUGCCUGGCUGUAGACUGUAGUGAUGAGUCGGCGGGAGGCGUUAGUGGGGAACCCAGUGCCGAGUGCUGAGCCAGAGGUUCGAAACAACAGCACUGAGUCGUCCUCUCCCGGAGCGGCCCCGCCCAAAAAUGAGGGUUUCUCCAAAUUCAAGGACAAGUUCAUGAAUGAACUCCACAAAAUCCCACUGCCAACAUGGGCCAUUGUGGCCAUUGCAUUCGUGGCUGUGGUUCUUGUCGUAUCCUGCUGCUUCUGCAUCUGCAAAAAAUGGAUAUUCAAGAAGAAGAACAAGAAAAAGGGCAAGGACAAGGGCAAGAACGCCAUCAACAUGAAGGAUGUGAUAGACGGAGCCAAGACGGAGGCUCUGAAGGACGAAGACGAAGUGGAGACCGGACUCUCGGAGGGUGAAAAGGAAGCCGAGCCUAAGGAGCAAGAAAAACUGGGCAAAUUACAAUACUCACUGGAUUACAAUUUCACAGAGAACACGCUCAUCGUCGGGAUCAUCCAAGCCGCCGAGCUGCCUGCCAUGGACAUGGGCGGGACCUCUGACCCCUACGUGAAGGUUUACCUCCUGCCCGACAAGAAGAAGAAGUUUGAGACGAAAGUGCACAGGAAGACUCUUAACCCCACCUUCAACGAGCAGUUCACCUUCAAGGUUCCGUACACAGAGCUGGGAGGAAAAACUCUGGUGAUGACGGUGUACGAUUUCGACCGUUUCUCCAAACACGAUGCUAUAGGAGACGUUAAAGUGCCGAUGAACAAGGUGGACUUCAGUCAUGUGACCGAGGAGUGGCGGGAUCUCCAGAGCGCCGAGAAAGAGGAACAAGAGAAGCUGGGUGAUAUCUGUUUCUCUCUGCGCUACGUUCCCACCGCCGGCAAACUGACCGUCGUCAUCCUGGAGGCCAAGAACCUGAAGAAGAUGGACGUCGGAGGUCUUUCAGACCCGUAUGUGAAGAUCCAUCUGAUGCAGAAUGGUAAACGUCUGAAGAAGAAAAAGACGACAAUCAAAAAGAACACCCUGAACCCCUACUACAAUGAAUCCUUCAGUUUUGAAGUGCCAUUUGAACAAAUCCAGAAAGUUCAAAUUGUUAUAACUGUUCUGGACUAUGACAAGAUCGGCAAAAACGAUGCUAUCGGUAAAGUUUUCGUAGGGCUGAACAGCACAGGCACUGAGCUUCGCCAUUGGUCGGAUAUGUUGGCCAACCCACGGAGACCUAUCGCCCAGUGGCACGUGCUCAAGCCAGAGGAAGAAGUGGACGCCCAGCUGACCAUCAAAAAAUAAAGCUCUGCCCUCUUUAGCCAUUAACCCCGCCCCUUUUAGUGGUCCUAACCCAGUGCGUGUACAUACCUCAGUGAUGUAUGGAUCCUUUACACCCUCUUAAAUCUUCUACUUCUUCUUGUCUUGCAAUGAAACACCUUCUUUUAUAAUAGUUGUCGGUAUUUUGACCGCCCACUUUCCCCAACACACACACACACACACACACGGCCCUCAAGCUCAAGAGUUGUGUUUAACAUUCCUUCCUGUCUUCACCUGCUGUUUUGACCAUCAUCCAUGACCUUUAACCCCUUAAACCCUUCUUUUAAGCAAUAUGAUCUGUGUAGAUAGCGCAUGAACGGAAAAAAACGUGUACCACAGGUGUAUAUAUCCGUAUGCAGACGAAAAAAAAAACGAUUUCUAGUUUGUGUUUGUAUGUUGCUACCUGUUUCCUAAUCUGUGUAUAACUUGAUGUUUUUACUAAGAUAUUCUAUUUUAAAUGAUGUAAAUGCAGAUAUAGCAGAGCCAAUAUUAUAUAUAAUAACAGCAGGAUUUACGAUAUCUAUCUUAUUGCAUUCCAGUUAAAUAUAUGCAUAUAUAUUUCAAGUAAAUAUAUAUAAUGUAUAUGUAUAUAUGAAAGAAUUUCAAACUGCAAGACGCGAGGUGUGAGGUAAGGGGUAUUUCAAAAAAAAAAAACACUUUCCAAACUCUUUGGCUUUAAGAAUGAUUAGAAAUCGUGGAGAACGCUGAGAAACCCCGUAUAAUAAAAUGGAGGAAUGUAAUACAUACAGUGUGGAUAACAUCUUCAGUAUAUUACAUUUUAGUGUGGAAAUAUCGGCCAUUAACUGAUAUGGUUCAGUCAGAAAAAUAUGCAGGAAGUUCUACAAGCACAUGAGUUCUUAACUUUCUUUCUUGCUGUUUUUUUUUUAUCAGUAUGUUAGCAGAUCCUUAAUUUCCACCAAUCCUCCAAAUCUGAACCUUAUAUUUUGUCCUAAAGCCCAAGCAUGAAGAGUUCACCAACCGUAGCCAUCGAAUCCUCGACGCUUUACCUUACGUUAACUCGUUAACAGACGUAUUUUGUUAAAUUUCUUAAAGACUCUAGCUUUGAAAUUAAUAUUUUUAAUAAGUGCAUGUUUUUUUGUUUUUAAAUUAUACUUUAUUCUACACCAUCAGGCCUUUAGCUGUAAAGGGAAAAAAAAUCUAAAGUUAUGCGUUUUUUAACAAAAUGAUGCUGAUUUCUGCGGUCGGUAUAUAAUAAUAAUAAUAAUAAUAAUAAAGUACUGACUCUAAGAGAUGAGCUUUUAAACACUGCCAUUCUUUUCAGGGAGGUGAGAAACGGACGUGACUUUCUCCUCAUGCACAUGUUCCACUUAGUGGCUGUAGCUUUUGGUUCUUUGGGAACAAGUAACCGUUUCUUUGGCCUUGAAGGUGCGAAAUCAAAGUUUUUUACUUUUCGUUGCCACUUUACGCAGUGACAAUAGCCUUAGCCAUGCUUUUACUGCCAAUCUCCUUUACCAAAUGGCUACUGUUUUGCACUGUAGUUUGGAACAACAAGAAAAAUAAA